AUGAGACUGUCAACAAGCGAAGAAGUCCCCAGUACGACGGUUGGUCGUACGGGAAGCCCAGGGGGUACAAAUGCGGCGUCGACCGUGGCAGUGGCUGGAACCGGUGCUUAUGAUGUCACUCGCAUGCGAGAGGAUGAAUUUGAGAGGCUCACCGUAUACAUAGUACCCGAUGUGCCGUGCGAAAGGGGAACGCCGAACAGAGCCGAAAGGACCCUACCAAGAAGUCUGGCGCUACGGCCAUCCGUUGUCCUAUCAACACCUAAUACACCGACGGAAGGAGUAUGGAGCACGGGCGUGAUCCCACGUGGAACACGAUUUGGACCAUUCGAAGGCACUCGGACGCCAAACAAACCAAAUGACAAGGUUUCAUGGCGAUAUUAUUGGAGGGUACAGGAAACUGUCAGACAUCAUACUUAUGGAAAUAUAAAGAUAUUUAAGGACAGCGACUAUUAUUACCUGGAUGGUUCUGACACGAGCGUAGCCAACUGGAUGCGUUAUGUAGCCUCGGCGUAUUCACUCUCGGUUAUGAAUCUCGUCGCAUGCCAACAUCAGGAGCACAUCUACUUCUACACCAUCAGAGAUAUUAUGCCAAAUGAAGAACUAAUGGUGUGGUAUUGCAAAGAUUUUGCGACUAGGUUGGGGUAUGACAUAGACCCCGAAAGAGCGACAUAUUCUAUUUGCAAAGAAGAAACCAUCAAAAAAGCUUAUGGCUUGCCACCGGCCCCAGUACACCCUGAGAUCGCAUUCAACCAUAUGAAAUAUGUACUCGGUUUAACGAAUGCAAAGGAACUUCUGGAAACAGAUAUUCCAAGUCGUAGGCGAAAACGCUUAACACAUUGCGGCGCACAGCACUAUGAACAUCAAUUAACACCUAAUGACGGAUCAGUAAGGUCAGAUGAAGGGUACCACAGCAAUGGCUAUCAUGACGAAUUCACUCCCCCAGAAGAUUCUAGCGACUCCGAUGUAGAAAACUAUGUUUUAGAUUGCUCCAAUAAAACUAAUGAGCCAAAAGAAACUGUAAUUGUCCAAAAGAUGGAUCAAGAUAUGCAUAGAAAUGAAUAUAGAAAAGUGAAGAUAAAAAUGCCGAGAGCAUAUCAAUACCAGAAUCAUAAAGAUAUGGAUUGUGAAAGUGAAAAGGAACUUAUUAUCGCCGAGGAAGUAGGCAAUGUCUCGCCGCAAAACUUGUCUCCACCUAGGCGUGACCCAGCUACUUCCACUGUGAUAGUGUUGGAGUCAUCUCAAAACACCGUCGUUCCUUUAAAUAAGCCGUAUUACGAAGAUGGAACUGUUUCACCUACACCGCAACCAGCUUUCAUGCGCUAUACGCCGCCUGACACACGGAUCUUGGAAACGAUAUUAACAGGAAAUAGAAUCGAUACCAACAAUAACGAUCCGAACCGUCGGCAACCGAAUGCAACACCCCCACCAUCGUCUCCUACCGAAAUGGCGUAUUCAUACAAAAAAAGUCAAAGGUAUGGCAACGCCUGCAGUCCAGAUUCUAGUUCUAAUUUGACACCAUUACCAUCGUUGCUGCCAUUACCUCAACAACUACCAACGCCUAAUGCCACAUCCGGGUGUGACAAGAAAUAUAUAAGCGCAUCUGGACUACGAACACACUGGAAAACUACAAGCUGUAAACCCAACAAUAUCGAAGAAGUUCUAGCAAUAACCAACGCUGCCAACACUGAAUGUAUAGGUACCGUCGACAAAGACUGCCACGAUAGAGCGGGGCACGAGCCGUACGAGGUGCACUCGAUGUCGCAAGGAGGGCUGGUCGGGGCCGGUGGGGCGCGCGCGAUGGUACACGGCGAGGCAAUGCUCGGUAGCCACGCGCACACCACCACGCCACACUUGGCGGGUCCUGGGCCUCUCUCGCCGACGCACGCACCGCCCUACCGCACAUUGCAUGGGCAGCCGCCGCCUGACCACGACGCGCCCUCCCAGCACUACUCGUCGGGCGGCGAGACGCGUCCCAGCGUCAUAGAGUCCAACCAACCGCUCAUUAUCGAGUGCACC